AUGGCAAACUUGGCAGAGCUUGAUUUUGUUGCCUUGGACAUUAUUGGAAAGAAUUACCUUACUUGGGUACUAGAUACCAAGAUCCAUCUGCAAGCAGGGAAUCUUGGAGAUAUCAUUAGGGAAGAAAACAUCUCAUCCUCUCAAGAUCGGGCGAAGACUAUGAUCUUUAUUCAUCGCCAUCUUGAUGAGGGACUAAAGAGCGAGUACUUAAUGGUUGAAGAUCCGUUAGCUCUUUGGAAGGCAUUGAGAAACAAAUAUAAUCACCAGACAAGGGUGAUUCUUCUAAGGACUCGCUAUGAAUGUACUCACCUAAGGAUCCAGGAUUUCAAGUUAGUGGUUGAGUACAAUUCUGCGUUGUUCAGAAUUACCUCUCAGAUGAAGCUCUGUUGGGAUACCAUUACUGAGGAAGAUAUGCUGGAAAAAGACUUUCAGCGCAUUUCAUGCCUCUAA